AGGAUCUUAUUACCGGAAGUUAGGUGUUUGUAGUCACCUGCGCUGAUUCUUUAGGUAACAAGAGGUGUUUACUCGAGCUGGAAACGUCGAAAUAAGAGAAACAGGAGUCGGUGAAACGGAGACCAUUCGUUCUUUAUUCGACACAAAGAAGAUUUUUGCGUACUUUUGGCUUGUUUUACUCGAGAAUUUUUAAAGGAGAACGCCAUAAUAAACAAGAAACCCGACAUGACUGUGAGAGGAGUCCUUUGGCUGCUUUUGUUCUCUGGCGCAGCAAUAGGUGUAAGUGGAUAUUCGGUCACUACUUCAAAGGCAAAUGUACGAGCGGAAGAGAACACAGAUGUGGAUUUGACAUGCUCAUUUUCAGGAGACUUUGGUUCAAACAUUUUACUUAGAUGGAAGUUUAAGGACCGAAAAGGCUCUCAGGUGUUUGUGGUUCACGAUGGGAAACCAACAGCGCCGUAUGCUGACCGUUUGAAUGUGUAUGGUGGUAGCAAUCUGAGAUUCUCCAAAGUCACUCGUAAAGAUACUGGAGUGUACACCUGUGAGAUAACCAGCGCUGACAAAACCCAAGUUGGGGAAACAGAGGUGACUCUGACUGUUCUGGUGCCUCCAUCUGUGCCAUUUUGUAAAGUCCCCUCAUCGGUAACAACGGGCAGCACAGCCAUCCUGUCUUGCUUUGAUGAAAGCGCUUCACCGCGCCCCACAUACAAGUGGUACAAAAACAACGUUCUUCUGCCUGAUAACCCUAGUAACGUUGCUGGCUUCAAAAACGCCACCUACAAGUUGAAUUCAACCAGUGGCGAACUGAAAUUUCCUGCUGCAGCCAAGACUGAUACAGCUGACUACUACUGUGAGUCUCUCAACGAUGCUGGCCCUGCUCAGAAAUGUAGAGCUAUGAAGAUGGAAGUUCGCGACCUAAACACCGGAGGAAUUGUUGCUGGUGUAAUAGUGGCUCUGCUGCUUGUGGCCCUACUGAUAUUUGCCGUUUGGUUUGCCAAAAAGAAAGGAUAUCUGCCUGCAAAGAAAGAAAGCAGUUCAAAGAUGAACCAGUCUUACCAAGCAGCACCUAGUGGUGGUGGUGAUGAUGCGGAUUUCACACAGAAGUCAUCAUUUGUGGUAUAGUGUACGAGCAGCAGUGGCGACAGCAAGCGCUCUAAACGAGAUGUCUCUUAAGUGUGUGGUUUUCCAGGAGUUUGAAAGUUUGUACAAUGCAGUUUUUAUAGACCAU